AUGAGAUCUUCAACUAUUGUAUUGCUCGCUGCCUUGUUCUUGGUUGCAACCGUCGUCGUCAGUGCCGAUGUCAACGCUGAUGCUGCUGAAGCCGCCGCUGCCAAGGGUCCAUCAUGCCCAUUGGGAGGAAUCUCCAACUGCAUGUUUGAGGAGUGCAAGUCCACCGGUUGUGGAAGGGGCCAGCUCUGCUGCCCAAAGCCAUGUGGUGGAACGUGGUGUCUUGGCCGUGGAUCCCUCUGCCCACCAAUGCCCGCCUUCUCUGACUGCAUGUUUGAGGACUGUACCUCAACUGGAUGCUCCGGUGGUCAAGUCUGCUGUCCAAAGGCCUGUGGUGGUUCCAAGUGUGUUGCCGCCUACUAA